AUGGCCCGGCAGAGCCCAUGAGCAGAAUCCCUCUGGGCACCGUGGGGAGACUGAGGAAGCGGGGAUGGGGCCAUGCCCUUUAGAAGCUCGCAGUCUGAGCCAGGAGACACCGCCUUGUCCUUGCAGUUUUGUCUUGUGGGGGAGGCAGGACACACACACUUGGAAAAACAGCCUGAGGACCCUCUCAGGAGAUCAACACUGGUCAGCGGUCAGAGUACAAGCUCUGGAGUCCCAGACUGGCCCAGAUUUGCUCACAAGUGCCCACAAGGACUGCCCCCUGCCCCAGGGCACAGCCCCCCUGAACCCAGACUUGCCCUCCAUCAUGGCUCCAGAUCAUGUCACUGGCAAGGACAGACAGAUGGAUUUCUGUUGGGAUCCUUGGCAGAGGUGCUUCCAGACCACCAACGGCUACCUAUCCGACUCCAGGUCCUGCUCCAGCAACUACAACGUGGCAGCUCUGGCCACCUCGUCCCUUGUGGGGGUGGUGCAGAGCAUCAAGGACCACAUCACAAAGCCCACGGCCAUGGCCCGUGGCCGUGUGGCCCACCUCAUCGAGUGGAAGGGCUGGAGCGCCCAGCGGGCGGCCUGGGAGCUGCCCCCAGAGGAUGACGAGCAUUACUGCCACCUCCCGGACGAGCUGUGCGAGGCCCGCUUUGCUGCAGGGGUUGCCGAGCAGUUUGCCAUCACAGAGGCCACACUGAGCGCCUGGUCCUCGCUGGACGAUGGAGAGCUACGCCCGGAGAGCAGCCCCCUGGACGUGCUCCAGCUCCAGGACCUGGGGAGCAUCUACCUCCAGGAUAGCCUUCUGAGUGUCCGCUCGCAGGACGACAGUCUUCUGGCCUUCUCCUCCCCUGACAGCUGGCCCUCCCCUGACGAGCCCCCCAGCCUCGCAAGGCAGCUCCAGCCACGGCUCCCGGGGGCCCUGGGGCCCGAGGAGGGGGCCAGCCCGCAGGGCCCCCCACGCUCCGUGGACGGCGGCCCGCCCUCCGAGGAGGAGGAUGAGGUGUUCUACAACUGAGGCGGGCCAGGCCGCCCCCGCUAUGGCCCGGUGGGCAGCCCAGAGCCAUCAGGACCCCGGGCGCCGGGCGGGUGUCUCGUGAUCCCUCGGGGCAGGCGUGGGGUGGGGCGGCGCU